UUGAAGUGUUUUCAUGUGUAGGUGAUUGCCAUUUUUAUAUAUGUACGUAUGUACAUCAAUAAAUAAACUAUUCUCCUUGGAGGCAUCCUUCAUUUUCACUUGCAAGCUUAGCUUUUCAAUUUUCACUACACCAAAGCAAUGGGGAGCCUUGGUCUUAAACCUAUUGACACUAAGACCAAAAUAGGAUCUAAAAUGGGCGUGAAUACUACUAAUGGCCACAAAAACAGCACGGUGGUGGCGAUAGAACCAGAACAGGAACGUCAAGAGCAUGAACCAGCAAGUCCAGCUACACGAUUGUUCCAUACUAAAUCCCUCAAUUGCUACAUUAUUGCCAUAUUAGGUUGCACUACAAAGAUCAACCGCGAUGUCAUCAAGAAAGGCCUUGAAUCCACUCUUGUCAAUCACCCUCGAUUCCGCAGUCUUCCGGUGGUGGAUGAAAAGAAAGGAAUAAGGAAGUGGGUGAAAACGAGAGUAAAUGUAGAAGAUCAUAUAAUAUGUCCGGAUUUGGACACUGACAUGGAUUCACCUGACGAAUUCUUGGAGAACUACACGUCAAGUCUAACAACAACACCCUUGGACAUGACAAAGCCACUUUGGGAGGUACACAUUUUGAACGUGAAAACAUCCGAAGCAGAAGGAGUUGGAAUACUAAAAUUGCAUCAUUCAAUUGGUGAUGGCAUAUCCAUUAUCUCUUUAAUUUUGGCAUGCACUCGAAAAGCUUCGGAUCCAGAAGCACUGCCUACUAUACCUUCAAGUACCAAAAAAGAAAAGGUUGAUCCUGGAUUUUUGAGGCGGUUUUGUUACUAUUUUUGGUUUUUGUGUAUGGUGUUUUGGUAUACGGUUGUGGAUGCUGUUAUGUUUUUGGCAACCAUUUUGUUUCUAAAGGACACAGAGACACCGAUGAAAGGAGGAGCUGGGGUUGGGCAUACCCCUAAGAGACUUGUGCACAGGACUAUCAGCCUCGACGACAUGAAAAUAGUCAAGAAUGCCUUGAACUUGACAAUUAAUGAUGUAGUCAUGGGCAUAGCACAAGCUGGUUUCUCACGUUAUCUCAAUAGAAGAUAUGGUUACAAGAAUGGGAAAGGAAGCAGCAAGACAAAUAAUCUGCCCAACAACAUUCGUCUUAGAGGAUCUGUUGUUUUUAACAUCAGACCUUCUACUGGAAUUAAAGCUCUAGCGGAGAUGAUGGAGAAAAAAUCAAAGGCAAAAUGGGGCAAUAAAGUUGGAUAUGUGUUGACCCGGUUACCCAUUAGCUUACCCGAUAACCCAUUGGAUUAUAUCCGACAAGCUAAAACAAUUAUCGACAAAAAAAAAUUGUCUCUUGAAUCCAGAUUCUCUUUUGCUGCUGCUAAGUUAACUCAAGAUAUAUUUGGAUCUCAGGUGGCUGCAAAGAUAACAAGCAGAGUUUUAUCGCACACCACAGUGUUGAUAUCAAACGUGGUUGGCCCUCAAGAAGAGAUCACAUUUUUUGGGCAUAAAUUAUCAUAUGCUGCUCCAACAACAUUUGGGCUUCCUCAUGCAGUAACAAUACAUUUUCAGAGUUAUUGUAAUAAAAUGACAAUAUCAAUGGCAGUGGAUCCACAAGUGAUUCCAGAUCCAUACCAACUCUGUGAUGACCUGCAAGACUCCCUUCAAAUGUUUAAAGAAGCUGUCACUAAUCAAGAUGUUAAAGGGAUAUAAUUAUAAGUAUAGAAGAAAUUAAAACGUACAAUUUCUUGUUUUUUCUCUUCUUUUGCAAAAUGUAUAACUUUGAACUACCAUGUAACUCCUUAUGUUGAAAUUUAUGUUCUAGUAGUAAUUGUCUGUGAUGA